CUGGCUCAGCCAACGUUGUUGCCAGUGGGUAGUAGGGUGUCGUUCUUCUUGGUGCCAGGAAGCUUUUAGGGCAGGUGCUGCCAGUCGGUUUAGGGUGCGCUCUUCAACUCUUGUUGCAGGCUUCCUUUUUGGCACUAGUGAAGGGAUGGCUGCCACAAGACCGUUGCGGCUUUACAGGGGUAGGGCAACAGACUUUGAAGUGCGCGCCGAUGAUAGAAUAGCUGCAGUGCUGAAUAACAUCCUGUCAUCCAACGAGUACCAGGGCGACCUUCGCCUGCUGUUCAAUGACAAGCGAGUCCUUCGGCCCCAUGAAAUCCCCGACAACCUGCGUGUGGGGGGAAAAGGCUGGGUAGCGGUCUCUGAGGACAAGGAGUUGGAAGAUCUGAAGAAACGUGUCCUGAAGCUGGAGCAGAAUGCUGAAGAAGAUGCGCUUAUGUUCGGUUUGCCCCUAGUUCAGAACAUCGCCGCUCAGAUUCUCCUCUUCGCCUUGGGACGGCAACCACAGGCAGCGGCAGAAGGAAACGGGUUCUUGCGGUUGGCGAACGGGGGCGAUGCGCGUUUGCAAAACUUUGUCCAGCGGUCUGCAGUUGGCUGCAAGUUUCGGCUUGGAACCAGUGUAAGGGGAGGCUUCCAAGUGGCAACUGCGGAAGGACGCACACAAGACUACGUACAUAAUAGGAAGCUGGUCUGGAGUUAG